AUGGAGGAUGAAAAUGAGGAACACUUCUCAUCGCAAUACAACUAUUCUAGCGUCGAACAAGACCCACCAACCCCAGGCCGAUCUGAUGUCGAAAGAGAAACACCAACCCCAGGCCGAUCUGAUGUCGAAAUAGAUACACCGACUCCAGGCCGAUUUGAUGUCGACUGUGAUACACCAACCCCAGGCCGAUCUAAUGUCGAAAAAGAUACACCGACACCAGGCCGAUCGGAUACUGAAAGACGCACGCUACGACUAAAUCGUUCAAAAUCCAAGAAGAAUGCGUAUGAAGAGGCACUUCGAAAUGUGAAUGAGCAUUUUAAACGUCCGAGGUUUCCGGAAAAUCGUUUUGAAGUAUAUGGACGAAGUGUAGGCAUGAAAUUACAAGAAUUACCAAAACAGCAGCGAAUUUUAUAUAGAAUAUCAUUGCAGAAAAAAUUAUUAAUGAGACAUUGUUCUUAG